AUUUUUUGUAAUUAUAUUUCCGCCCGAACACAUUACACUGUCGGAUCAAAACAAACCAAGUUCCGGAGAAUUUAAUUAAAAACCACGUCUGGAAAUUAUUAUUAGUUUUGUUUUUACUUUUAUUUAAAGCAAGUAAAUAAACAUAUUUACUCUUCCGCGCUUAACAUCCGCUCCUUUUGUAUGUUAUCACGUAUAAAAUGUGUUAAGCUAUGUAUGCGUUAUAACGUCUUAUAGCGUUUAAUAUCGCCUUGUGAACACUGGCAUAAUGCAGAAAUUCUGCACGUGCAGCUGCUAUUACACGGAUAACAUCUUUCUGGAGCAAUAUAAACUCCAUGUGCGAUUCACAUCAGAAGAGCAGUUUAAAUCGGAUUAUCGACAGGUCCUCCAGUCCCUGGGUUGUGCCACUGACACCCAGUACAAUGCUGUCCUCGAAAAAAUCCACAGUGAAGUCGAGAGGCGCCGGAAUCUCGAGAUGCAAUCAGCAGAGAGAAAAUCGAUCAUCAAGGAGACUUACAAAGCGCUCCAUCAGCACGUCUACAGCUUACAGGAAUCAUUCUUGGCCCCUGAGUUUGUAGAAAUCGUGAAGUACAGCCUUGAAGACGGCGCCAGUGAACAGGGACUACUGCAGCUCAUCACCUCAGAGGCGGCACCCAGAGUGUAUCGUUUCCCAGUGUUCACACAGGAUUUCUGUAGGGAUCUGGUGGAAGAGCUGGAGCAUUUUGAGCGCUCCGAGGCUCCGAAGGGUCGACCAAACACCAUGAACAACUACGGGAUCCUCCUGAACGAGCUGGGCUUUGACGAAGAUUUCAUCGCUCCACUCAGAGAGCUGUACCUGAAGCCCAUCAGCUCGCUGCUGUACCCGGACUGUGGAGGGAAAUGGCUGGACAGCCACAAGGCCUUCGCUGUGAAAUACACACUGAACGAAGACCUGGAGCUCAGCUACCACUACGACAACGCCGAGGUCACGCUGAACGUCUCGCUCGGGAAAGACUUCGCUGACGGAAACCUGUACUUCGGGGACAUGAGACAGGUGCCUUUAAACGAGACGGAGUGUGUGGAGGUGGAGCACCUUGUAUCUGAGGCUGUGCUCCACCGCGGUCAGCACAUGCACGGAGCUCUGCCCAUCACCUCGGGGUGCCGCUGGAACCUGGUGGUGUGGAUGCGAGCGUCGCGUCAGAGGAACCGUCUUUGCCCCAUGUGCAACCGAGCGCCAACACUACAACCUAGCACCGGCUACGGAGACGGAUUCACAGAGGAGGACGCCGGACUGUGCGUUUUAACAUGACAUUGAAGGGGCGGUGUGUCAUUUCUGGUGCCUGAGAUAAUCUUCUUUUACCUUCCCUUUUGUAUUUCCUCCUCUGAAAUACAGCUCCUUACAGUUUAAAGCUGGUGGCAGGUGGAGCUCAUUUCAGGGCCAGAAAAAAAAUGUGCACAUGAAGCCUGAAAUGAAGUGAGAUACGUGUUUGUUUACAUGUGUGACGUUUUAAACGGAUCAUGUCAGAUUUAGAUUUUGUGUCUGACCUCUUAGGUGAAAUCUAGCACCUUUUUCCUUGCUCCGUUACAGCUUUAAUUCUUCAUCAUGAGUAUCAGCGUUGUAAUUUUGAGUACAGAUUUUGAAAAAGAAAAAUACAAACCGCACCUUUAAUCUUUAGCAAUGUGAGCAAAAAAACCACGUUUAAAUCCUUUAAAAGACUGAAUCUGGAUUUUCAUAAUCCAGAUUUUUAUAAUGAUC